GUUUUGACCUUCACUUCAGAGAGAGAAGAAGAGGAAAUCCUUUCAAACCCACUUUUUGUUUCCUUCUGAGAGAAAAAUGGUUGCCAGAACCCCACCAAAACUGCAGAAGAAGAUGGUGGCUCCUCUCAAUCCCACUCUGCUCAGAGAAACACUAAACAAGGUGGAUAAGUGUAUGGCUCGAUUGCAAGAGCUUCAGUACACAGUUGCGGGUGGGACGAAGGUGAUCUCUGGGGUGACUCUUAGUCCUCGCAGUACCAGAGGUUAUUUGAAGGCAAGCAUUAGGUGCAAACAAGAGUCUUUAAGGCUUAAGAAUGCCAACCCCCAAAAAUCUCCACCUGUAAAAUUACCCACAAAUGCAGGGGAAUGGCGAAGAAUGUCACUUCCAGCCAUGCUUCUGGGCGAAACAGUGGGAGAGAUUCUACAGGCAAGUCAAUUUGCAAGAGAAAUAGUGGAAGCAGUAGCUUCCAAGACUAAAAAACCCACAUCUGAUGAUCCAACAACUCCACUCACCCUGAGGCGAAACCAUAGGACAAACCAUGAAACUUCUGACAUUCGUGUGCGAAGAAAGACAGAAAAACAAGCUACAUUACAAUCAAUUCGAUUAGAAUCCGAUACGCCAUCUCUCCAACGGGCGAAAUCUCGCAUAAAUUUCAAAGUAUCACCUGUGCACAAGAGAGAAUCUGAGAAAGAAAAUAACAGGUGGUACUUGGCUAACAGAGUGUCCCCAAAGAACAGACCAUGGGCUAGAAAGACAGUUCUUUUUCCCAACCCAAUGUUCCAUUCAUCUCCCACUUCACAGCACCAAAAGUUCUGCAAAACAAAGUCCCCGGUAAUUGCCAGAAGAAAUCAACAACCUCCACAUAAGUUCUUGAUCAAGUCCCCACCGCCCUCGGCCUCAAAGGUUCACGUGAAAAUCAGGAGUCCACAACCCUCUCUAUCCCCCACAAGGGCCUCAAAGUUUCAAGUGAAAAUCAAGAGUAAACCACUCUCUGUUUCUCCACCUAGAGGCACCAGUUUGAGCAAGAAAUCACCAAAGUUAUCAACUGCGGCGAGACUACGCAGAUCGUUUUCGCCAUCGAAAUUGGCAAACAGAUUGGUGUCCCCAUUGAAAAGCAGAAAAUCUGUACAGAAGAGUAGUGAAGAGAUGAUAAGGAUGAUGAGUGGUCUGAAACAGCGUCCUACUGCAGUAACACUAGGAUUAUCAGCUCGGAGAAUAUGAUUAUGGGGUUUAUUUGCUGAUUCUGUUUGACUACAGUGAUUCUCUUUCGGAGUGUUGAAGAUAUUUUCUCGAUGUCCAUAAAACAUUGG